GCAAGGCUAGCCGCCCAGAAAGCUGCGAACCGUUCGAAAGCUCUCCGCACACUGCCAUGCUUGGUAGAAGUGGGCCUUUAUGGAGAGGCCGGCUUCUGCUUCCAGUGGUGGACAGAUGACAGGCCAGCUGGUGCCGACGGUUACUGGUAGCAGGUGCAUGCGAGGCUUUAGCAGGUGUGGAUCCCCGGCAUUGGCUGCCAGACAGAGCCGUUUGGCUCAAGAGGCGAAGCGGCUCUGCCAUUUGGCCGCCUCUGAGGACUGCGAUGUCAAAGGAACCGCAACCUGCCCUCCGACCUUGCUUCCAGACAAAGGCACCUGGACGGAAGAGGAGAGAGGACGAUGGGCCGAGGCGGUGCAGUGGGAAGCCGAAGGUCAGCACUACAAUGCAGGGCUCGAUGACGAAGGUCCAUGGCCGGACGAGCGUGGGCUACGGCCGGCGCCGCCUGCAAGUGUUAAAGCUCACAAGUUCGCCUCCGGACGCGCUAUGGCGCUACUGCAGGCCGCUCGGAGCACUUCCAAUAGCCCCAGCCCCAUGUCCAAGGCAGCUCUUGAAGUGGAGAAUGACCGCUACGAGGUGCCCGAUCGACCGACGUCAAGAUCCUCUGGACGAUUCAGUGUCACUGAGCGGAGUGUUUUGGAGCGGGCGAGUGCCCCACGCAGCAAGGCUCGCGCCAAGGUCACUUUGCUGGCCAACGAGGAUUUGCCGCCGCAUGGCGUCUCAAGGCUCUCAGUGCCCGAUGCACCCCAUGGUGUGCAGAAAACUGUGUCGCGAGAGAUCAGAGACAUUCAUACUUCUUCGACCACUUCCACGCGUCCCGCAUCGCCAAGCCAUGAGGAGCCAGGUGAGAAGAUUGGGCCAAGCCCAAGGUCAGUACCAUCAGAGGCUGCCCGGCCGGGAACCGAGCCAGGCGAGGCCCUGAAAGUCUCACUUCCGUUGACUUUGUGGGAAUCGACCGACCAGCACGGGAGAUCCAGGAGCCGAAAUGUCAAGGUUGACCGACCGAGCACUUCGCCCUCGCCAACCCCGCGAAGUGCGAAGGAGGAGAACACCGAUCCGAGCUCACCCCCGCAGCUCAGGAUUCCGCGAAAGGCAGCACCGCCGCCGUCGCCAGCCUCGGCGGUGUCGGGGCUGUCCCCGUCCCCACGGCUGAGGAGCACAUGUGGAACGUCCAGAGAGGCCUCCAUGUCGCGAGCUGCCAGUCCGGAGCCGGAGGUGACAUCGCUGACCCACAGAGGUCAGCUGUUCCAGGCCCGCUUCACAAACGUGAAGAGAAGAGGUCGAUCCUUAAGCCCUCCGGCCCGGGAACACGCAACCGCGUCAUGGAGGGGCCCAGACCACAUCCCUGUCACAUGCGUCAUCAAGAGGAGGCGGCAGAAGAAGGGACCAAAGGAGAAGCUCUUGAUUCUGCCCUUCGUCGCAUCUGAGGCCGACACGCGCUUCUCGCAUCUCUUCGAGACUUUGGAAGCAAAGCAACCGGACUUGAUGCUAGAAGGCUUAUUGCACGAACCUCAAAGGGCUGCAGUGCAAAUGCCGGGGCGACAGUUGGCACCCAGAAUCACGGCCCCUUCAGCUGCGCGCGUGUAUACUGAGUGAGCGCCAUCAAUUGUACAGGUGUUUUGCGCAGAUCUGGCUAAAGUGACAGGGAGCCCAGCAGGACUCCA